CCCGUAGUCACCAUCGCUGGUAGCUGUUGCGUUGCCCUGCUUGCACCUGGAAACCAGGUAUUAUCGCCCUGUUUGGCAACACUGGUCCAAGUCAUUAAAAAUACAUGCUGUUAGUUCUGUAGUCAUGCUUUAAUCGGGCUCGUUUACCGCACUAUCACUCCGUGCAACUAUAUCUGACCGAGUAAAGAGACCGCGGCUAGCUCGCCCACGACGCCGCCACACAGAACACAACCUGGUCGGGUUCGUCACCGGCACUAAACUGCUGAAAUACGAGGAUGAAUGUCGCUAAGAGCGGGUACCGAGUCUUCUCCGCCAACUCCUCUGCAGCAUGCACGGAACUAGCCAAGAAAAUCACGGAGCGUUUGGGAGUUGAACUGGGGAAGUCUGUGGUCUUUCAAGAGUCCAACAGAGAGACCAGAGUGGAUGUAAAAGAAUCUGUUCGUGGGCAGACGAUCUUCAUUAUCCAGACCAUACCCAGAGAUGUCAACACGGCAAUUAUGGAGCUCCUUAUUAUGGCUUAUGCCCUCAAGACUUCCUGUGCGAAGAACAUCAUUGGAGUUAUUCCUUACUUUCCCUAUAGCAAACAGUGCAAGAUGAGAAAAAGGGGCUCAAUAGUGUGUAAACUUUUAGCUUCAAUGUUGGCAAAAGCAGGAUUAACAAACAUCAUCACCAUGGAUUUGCAUCAGAAGGAAAUCCAGGGCUUUUUCAGCUUUCCGGUGGACAACUUGCGUGCCUCUCCUUUCUUGAUUCAGUACAUCCAGGAAGAGAUACCUGACUACAGAAACGCCAUCAUUGUGGCAAAGUCCCCUGCUGCAGCUAAAAGGGCUCAGUCCUACGCAGAGCGGCUCCGUUUGGGCCUGGCUGUCAUUCAUGGAGAGGCUCAGUGUUCAGAGUCUGACAUGGCCGAUGGAAGACACUCCCCGCCGUGCGUCCGCAACACCACAGGACACACAGGCCUGGAACUACCAUCAGGCAAACAGCAAGCUCCGUUCCCUGGCAUAGAGCUCCCAAUGAUGAUGGCCAAGGAGAAACCUCCGAUUACCGUAGUGGGAGACGUGGGAGGAAGGAUUGCCAUCAUUGUGGAUGAUAUUAUAGAUGACGUCGGAGACUUUGUUGCAGCCGCGGAGAUUCUGAAAGAGAGGGGCGCUUAUAAGAUUUAUAUCAUGGCCACGCAUGGUUUGCUCUCUGCAGAUGCUCCACGCCUCAUCGAGGAAUCUACCAUAGAUGAGGUGGUCGUCACCAACACGGUUCCCCAUGAGGUACAGAAGCUUCAGUGUCCAAAAAUCAAGACUGUGGAUGUGAGCAUGAUCCUGGCGGAGGCGAUCCGCCGCAUCCACAACGGAGAGUCCAUGGCCUACCUGUUCCGCAACAUCACGGUGGACGACUAGAGCGCGGCGGCGCGGCAGCCGGGCGGGCUGUCCCUGGGGAAGACGUCCCCACCGUCGCUCUGCCCUGCUCAGUGCUGCACCAAAAUGCUCGUGUCAUGCUCCAUGUGUUGUUAUGCCAGGACUACACGCAUGCAUGUAUCCUAAUGAAGGGGAUAAACGUCUCAAAAUCGCUGUGAAUAUUGUAUCUUAUUACCACCAGAUAUUGAAACGCUUUCAUUUGGUUCUGCUGACAAAUGGAUGCGGUUCAGCAGAGACCCUGCCAGCUUGGUCGGGUGUGGAUCUCUCUUACUGACCCAAUUUAUUUCAGUACUAGCGAGCAAUAUACUCUUGUUUAAUUAAUUGGUGCCAAAUUUAAAUGAGAGUGCAACAUCAUAAUAUUAGAGAUUGAGAAUGAAGGAUGCAGUUUGCAAGUUCAGGUGACGUUGUUCUUGUCGUUCUGAGGUGGUUAAAACACAAAAAUAAACUCUAGAGCGUCUCCACACGAAACUUCUUGGUGGAGGAGACGCAACCUCAGAAAAAGCAGCUUAGACCUCUUGUUUUUUUCACGGUUAGUUCCUUUUUCCUCUCAAUGAAAUAAUACUUGCACUUAUUUUGUUACUUGCUACAGUACCUGACAUGGGACUGAGCUUUAUCUGCAGAGAAGACAUGAAUGUCUCCAGUAAGGGGAGCUCGUGCUUCAGCUGUUUUCUGCACUGAUUCACUCCAUUUAAAUUGUUUUUUUUUUUUUUCAAACAGAAAGGAGGUAGAGUAAAAAGACUCUAUAUAUAUAUAUAUAUAUAUAUAUAUAUAUAUAUAUAUAUAUAUAUAUAUAUAAAAUUCUGGGAGAUUUCUGUCAAGAAGUUCCUCUGAAUCUGCAGAAACCUUAUAGGCCACUGAUUUUCAAAGGCAUUUCUUGAAUGGAUAGCUAUAGCUAUCUUGGAUUAUUGAUUUAUUAAAUUUUCAUGCAUAUUUUUUCAUAAAAUCACCACUAUGAUUGGCAAAAUCCACUUCCAUAGUGGUAGUGCUAUUGUAUAGAUAUUUUGUAAAUCCAAAAUUGGCCUAACUGUUUGAAAAAUAAAGUGUUGAUUUUGA